AUGGAAAGUCCAGCGUUCUCAAAACCCCUUAAAGAUAAGAUUAACCCGUGGGGCCCCCUGAUAAUUAUGGGGAUCUUGGUGAGGGCAGGAGCCUCAGUACAACGUGACAGCCCUCACCAGGUCUUUAAUGUCACUUGGAAAAUUACCAACCUAAUGACAGGACAAACAGCUAAUGCUACCUCCCUCCUGGGGACGAUGACAGACACUUUCCCUAAACUAUAUUUUGACUUGUGUGAUUUAGUUGGAGACAACUGGGAUGACCCGGAACCCGAUAUUGGAGAUGGUUGCCGCUCUCCCGGGGGAAGAAAAAGGACAAGACUAUAUGAUUUCUAUGUUUGCCCCGGUCAUACUGUAUUAACAGGGUGUGGAGGGCCGAGAGAGGGCUACUGUGGCAAAUGGGGAUGUGAGACCACUGGACAGGCAUACUGGAAGCCAUCAUCAUCAUGGGACCUAAUUUCCCUUAAGCGAGGAAACACUCCUAAGGGUCAGGGCCCCUGUUUUGAUUCCUCAGUGGGCUCCGGUAGCAUCCAGGGUGCCACACCGGGGGGUCGAUGCAACCCCCUAGUCCUAGAAUUCACUGACGCGGGUAAAAGGGCCAGCUGGGAUGCCCCCAAAACAUGGGGACUAAGACUGUAUCGAUCCACUGGGGCCGACCCGGUGACCCUGUUCUCUCUGACCCGCCAGGUCCUCAAUGUAGGGCCCCGCGUCCCCAUUGGGCCUAAUCCCGUGAUCACUGAACAGCUACCCCCCUCCCAACCCGUGCAGAUCAUGCUCCCCAGGCCUCCUCGUCCUCCUCCUUCAGGCGCGGCCUCUAUGGUGCCUGGGGCUCCCCCGCCUUCUCAACAACCUGGGACGGGAGACAGGCUGCUAAACCUGGUAGAAGGAGCCUACCAAGCCCUCAACCUCACCAGUCCCGACAAAACCCAAGAGUGCUGGCUGUGUCUAGUAUCGGGACCCCCCUACUACGAAGGGGUGGCCGUCCUAGGUACUUACUCCAACCAUACCUCUGCCCCGGCUAACUGCUCCGUGACCUCCCAACACAAGCUGACCCUGUCCGAAGUGACCGGGCAGGGACUCUGCAUAGGAGCAGUUCCCAAAACCCAUCAGGCCCUGUGUAAUACCACCCAGAAGACGAGCGACGGGUCCUACUAUUUGGCCUCUCCCGCCGGGACCAUUUGGGCUUGCAGCACCGGGCUCACUCCCUGUCUAUCUACUACUGUGCUUAACUUAACCACUGAUUACUGUGUCCUGGUUGAACUCUGGCCAAAGGUAACCUACCACUCCCCUAAUUAUGUUUAUGGCCAGUUUGAAAAGAAAACUAAAUAUAAAAGAGAGCCGGUGUCAUUAACUCUGGCCCUGCUGUUGGGAGGACUUACUAUGGGCGGCAUAGCUGCAGGAGUUGGAACAGGGACUACAGCCCUAGUGGCCACCAAACAAUUCGAGCAGCUCCAGGCAGCCAUACAUACAGACCUUGGGGCCUUAGAAAAAUCAGUCAGUGCCCUAGAAAAGUCUCUGACCUCGUUGUCUGAGGUGGUCCUACAGAACCGGAGGGGAUUAGAUCUACUGUUCCUAAAAGAAGGAGGAUUAUGUGCUGCCCUAAAAGAAGAAUGCUGUUUUUACGCGGACCACACUGGCGUAGUAAGAGAUAGCAUGGCAAAGCUAAGAGAAAGGUUAAACCAGAGACAAAAAUUGUUCGAAUCAGGACAAGGGUGGUUUGAGGGACUGUUUAACAGGUCCCCAUGGUUCACGACCCUGAUAUCCACCAUUAUGGGCCCUCUGAUAGUACUUUUAUUAAUCCUACUCUUCGGACCCUGUAUUCUCAACCGCUUGGUCCAGUUUGUAAAAGACAGAAUUUCGGUAGUGCAGGCCCUGGUUCUGACCCAACAGUAUCACCAACUCAAAUCAAUAGAUCCAGAAGAAGUGGAAUCACGUGAAUAAAAGAUUUUAUUCAGUUUCCAGAAAGAGGGGGGAAUGAAAGACCCCACCAUAAGGCUUAGCACGCUAGCUACAGUAACGCCAUUUUGCAAGGCAUGGAAAAGUACCAGAGCUGAGUUCUCAAAAGUUACAA